CUAGAAAUAUUGCGGGGGCUGGAGUGCUCCUUAGUGGAGGUCAUAUUGGAGCAGUAGGUAAUACAGCAGGAACGUCAAUGUUGGUAGAUAAGAGCAAAUUAGGCGCUGGCGCACCAGAACUGAUAGCGAAAGGAGCAUCUUCAUGGCCAUGCCCAACAUCGUCACCAGCAGUAGCACCUCCAUCUCCACCUGGAGCAAGUGCGACUUGUAGUCUUUCACUUUCUGCGUCGAGUCGAGAUUCCAGUUGUAGCUCAACAAAUGGUAGCGCAUGCAGUAACAAAAGCGAUGCUGUGCCGAAUGCUAUGCAAAAAGCUCGUUGCUCUAGGCGGCAGAUUGAGGCAAGAAGACGCAAGCAUACGGAAGCUAUAGGGUGUUGUACCGCAGCACCGGUUCCAACGCUUGUCGCCUUUGAGUAUCAUUCCUGUAGCAAGCAAGAAGAAAAUGAAGAUCCUUUGUUCCAGGAGGGGCUUCGAGCAGAAGGCAAGCAACAUGAAGAUCCGUUUCCUCAGGGGUCCCAUACUAGUAGAGAAAUUCUUGCAUCUUCAAGCUCUUGUUGUGCUGCAGAUGAAGUGAAGGCGGUUGCAGGUCCUAACCGUCCUGGUCUGGGUCGUUCAUUAGGU